AUGAUUUACAUACUUUUUAAACAUGUUUUAAACGUGUCAAAAACGGAGCCCGUAAAAAACAAAAAAAAGGUGAUGACAUCACGUUCCUCCCCCCUUCCCACGACCAGCAGGCAGGCGGGUUUUGUCCUUGCUUGCGGAGCUCCGUGGAGUAGACACGCAGCCGCACGCAUCUGUGGAACAACUCCCUGCGUCAUGUCACCGUGGAUUCUAUUUGUAUUUAACAUUUGCGCCGUGCUGCAUGCCAACGCCUUUCUAGCGACCACCCCGUCCACCAAUACACAGAUGCUCCACAGGUGCUGCGAGAAUGGCAAGCAAAAGGCCCUGAGCAUACAAACCUGCACAGACCUCCCUUACAUCGCCAACUCCCACAUGUGCAGAAUCGCCCAAGAGCAGUGUUGUGUGGGUGUCCUGGAACAGCAACAAUGUUCUAAGGGCACCACUAUGGCCCGCCAGCAGUGGGCCUGUGAGCACUACUUCUUUCAAGGGGAUUCCUGGCAAACUCGAAUCUCCAAGAUGUGCUGUGACUGUUGCAUGUUUGGCAUAUUGUCAGCACGCCACGAUCCCGGCUGCGGGAUGCCUUACGUUUCGAUGGGGAAACAGUGCAGAGAUGCUGCCAAAAGCUGCUGUGCCAAUAACGCCACAGAAGAAAUAUCUCCAACUGCAGAAGUGCCAGUGAAUAUUACCACUCCGCUUCCAAUGGGCGCCAGCAACUGCACAGUCUCCAAUUGCUCUCAGGAUUGUAUUGACAGUGUGACGUGUGCGUGCAAUGCCGGUUAUCGACUACAAUAUGAUGGCGUCACUUGCAAGGAUAUCAACGAGUGCUUGAUGGACAUGCACAAUUGUGUCUUGGGCCAAGUGUGUAUCAACACAGAGGGCUCGUUCCGCUGCCAAAGGGAAACCAGCUGCGGCACCGGCUACGAGCUCACCGACAGCAACAACUGCAAAGAUAUCGACGAAUGCGCUUUGGCGACGCACAACUGCGGAUCGGAAUUUGAGUGCGCCAACACUCAAGGUUCCUUCCGCUGCUACCCGAGGGAGAAGUGUCCUGCCGGGUUUAUUCAAGAUGCAGUCGGCAACUGUAUCGACAUUGACGAGUGCAUGGUGCUCGUGAAUCCCUGCCAUCCUGGGCACACGUGCGUCAACACACCUGGUUCUCACAGGUGUCAAAGGACCACGGUGACGUGCGGACGAGGAUACCACCUGAGCGCAGACGGCACACACUGUGAAGAUGUGGACGAGUGUCAGACGGGCAGCGUGUGCAGAGACCACAGCUGUACCAACAUGAUGGGCACCUAUCGCUGUCACUGCAGGGGCGGCUUUAUGUUCAACAGCGUCAGCAGGCAGUGCGAAGAUAUCAAUGAGUGUAGGCAUUAUCCCGGGCGACUGUGCGCUCACAACUGUGACAACACAGAGGGGUCCUACCAGUGCAGCUGCUCCAAUGGUUUCCAACUAACCCACGAUGGCAGCAGUUGUGAUGACAUAAACGAGUGUGUGAACAGCCCGUGCAGCCAGGAGUGCGCCAACGUCUACGGCUCCUACCAGUGCUACUGUCGCCGUGGUUACCAGCUGAGCGACAUUGAUGGGAAUACAUGCGAAGAUAUCGACGAGUGUGCACUGCCCACUGGUGACCAAGUGUGCUCCUACCACUGCUCCAAUGUCCCCGGAAGCUUCUACUGCACCUGCCCACCCACGGGAUACACUCUUGCAACGAAUGGGCACACAUGCCAAGAUAUCGAUGAGUGUGCGGCAAGGAUUCACACCUGCUCCGCCUCGCAGACCUGUUACAACAUCCACGGAGCUUACCGUUGCUUGUCGUUUGUGUGUCCCUCCUACUACCAGCAAGCGACACAUGGAGCCAGAAACCCGUCCAGCAUGCAAUGCGUCAAAAGCUGCCCGUUCAACGAUGACAUCUGCAAGCGAGACCCCGUCCGCCUCAUCACCUACUCCAUCUUCAGCUUGCCCACCUACAGACACCUGAGUCAGCCAGAAGAUGUCAUUUUCCUACGGACGACGUCGUCCACCUCCGACACGGGGGCUUACGUGAUCUUUGACAUCCUGAAGGCCGACGACCAGGACUCCUUUGACGUGGUCAGGCGCUCCCAUCAGGGUUUUAUAAUGGGUGUGGUGCGCCUGGUGAAGCCCGUCAUCGGUCCCACGGACAUCGAGUUACACGUGGCAAUAAGCUACAUUAAGUCAGGACUGGUGUCACAUCGCAACGUCGCCGUCGUGCAUGUCUGCAUCACAGAGUUCUGGUUUUGAGCUGCAUUCACUUUGUGUAUUGUAUAUAAUGAAAAACUUUUAUAAAUAUUUGCAAUAUGUCAUUUUAAAACAGAGAACUUUAGUCUAAGGCAAUAUGAGGAGCUAAACGCUAACACUAACACCUGCAUAAAACAAAGAAAAACUUUUUUUUUUUUUUUUACAAACAUUUAAUAAAAUAUGCUUAAGCCAUAAUAUCUGAAGAAAAUAUUCUGUACAUUAAAUUGUGAAAAUAUUUUUUUCAAUUAUUUUAUUACAUUUUACUUUAUUGUAACAUAGUUAUUAGCCUUGCAUACCUCAGCAAACAUUAAACACUUGUUUGUAAAUCUGGUAAUCCUAAAAACAGCAAAUAUUUAAAAAAUAUAUAUAUAUUGAUAAAUUAUUUUAAAUGAAAUUAAGUAUUACAUAUGCAGAACUCUGCCACAGUUACAACAUUAAAUUAAUAUAUACAGUUAUUGUAAUUGAAUUUAUUUGGACACCAAAAACAGCUUUAAAAAAUUAACACUAAUUUAUUUUUGUUUUAUUUUAUUGCAUUUAAUUUUGUUGCGUUUUGUUUUAGUUUACUUACAGAAUAAUUUGCUUAAAAAUAUCAGCCAAUGUUGAACAAAUGUUUGUAGACCUGUUCAUCCCAAAAACAGCAAAUUUAGAUAAAAAUAAAUAUUAGGGAAAAAAGAAAAUUUAAUUGAAUAAUACAUCUGCAGAACACAGCCACACCUACAGAAUUGCAAUUUAAUGCAUUUCAUGUCAUUUAAUUGAUUUGAACGCAUUUUGAAACAUUACAAUAAUUUAAUUUAGCUUUAUUGUAUUAAAUUGUACGUUUAUUUAAAAAAAUUUUUUUUUAAUAAAUAGCCUUUAGAUGUCAGCCAGUGUUGAACAAUUGUUUGUAGAUUAGGGCGUCCAGAAUUAAAUCAAUAUGAAUAAAAAAAUUGAGAAAAAAUUACAACAUUCAAUUGGAUCUUAAACAGGCAGACCUCCCUCUCAAUGACAAAAUUGCAAUGAGAAUUAGCACCUAUUUGUGCAAGUAGUUAAAUACCCACCAGCUGCAGUAGUAUUCACGAUUGCAUUGCUCGUAUCAAACAAACAAAAACAAUCCCUAGAUUUGCACCACAAUUUAAAAUGUUAUUUUUCAUGCAGCAAAUGUACACAUGCUUGUGUUAUUUAAUGCCAUUUGAGUACAAUACAUGUUUAUUAUGACUGAGAGAAUACUGUAAUUGUUUGACUGUAACCUUUACACUGGAUUUUGUAUCAAAACCUUUUGCACCCUCCGACUGCACAAUUAGUUGACUGUUAAAGACGAGUUGUCAUUAAAUGUGUCCAGUGUCUGUGCUGUUAUUCCACUCAUUAUCAGAUAUACAUAACUGAUCUAUAAAUAAUUGUAUUAUUUUUUUUCCCCCCAACCAUAUACCGUAAUCCAAUGAAACCUUGACCACUGUUGUUGUGUUUGUCCUCCUGGCCUAUCAAGACACAAAGGACAAUCAAAAAGAGGAAAAUCCUGUGAUGUAAAACAACUCUGCAUGGAAAAAAAACAUAUUUUUUCAUGUGGCACAAUUUGUGCGACAAUUAAUAAAAUCUGACUGGGCUGCAGUGUUUAGGCUUUAUGUGAGUGUAACUUGCAAUUAAUGUAGAAGAGGAACAAACUAACAAAUCACUCCAAAUUGUCAUGUUGCAAAAGUAUAAUGUAAUUUAAUUUUU